UGUACAGUCAAAUAAUUACGGACAAUUAAUUUUGCAGAAAAAAAGUGUUUAAACAACAUUUUAGUUGAAGAAACUGUAUCCUUGUGAUAAAACAUUGCUUCUAGCACGCGCAUAGCUAAAAAUUGCAGUGAAUAAACUGGAAAAACGUCAGUUUUCGUUAAAACAAAAAAUCAGCACACACAAAGGAAACGCUCUAUACAUAGCUCCAUACACACACACACGUAAUUUUGCUCGAGCAGAAGAGAGGAAAAAAAGAAGCCUUGUCGCAUCGUAAAGUACUAUGUACAAAUCUGAUUCCCAAAAUGAGUUUCUAGAACAGCGAUUUGCCGUUCUAGAUGUAAACGAUAGUAAGGAAGCUAAAAAUCCAAGUGCACCUGGAUCUGCUGUAUAUAUUCCCCCGCAUUUACGAGGAAGUGGUGGAAACAACAAUUCGUCUCGCGGUGAACAAAGCGCCGAUUCUGAGGAAGCUGCAGGUCGCGCCGAGAACGGGCCUCCUCCGCAGCAUCAAAAUAAUCGCGAAAACAAUCGCUACAAUCGGGAUUAUCGCAAUAACGAUUCGAGAGAUUACAACGGCGGCGGCGGCGGAAAUCGCGGCAAGUUUGAUCGUGGCAACAACGAUCGCGGCGGUUACGGAAACUACGGAAAUCGAGGACGACGCAACGACGACGGAGGAAAUUAUCAGAACGGCGACAACUACAAUAGACGAGGCGGCGGCGGCGGCGAAAAUUGGUCGAACAACAGAGGCGGCAACCGUGAUUUCCAGAAUCGCGACAAUGGACCGCCGCAACGUACGAACAAUCGUUGGCAGGAGCCCAGCGAUCGCCAAGAACCCCAAAUGGGAGGACGUUGGAAUGAACGACGCGAUAUCGACUACACCAUUCCCCUGGCACGCGAUGAUCGUCUCGAGCAGGAGCUCUUCGGUACAACAAACACCGGUAUUAACUUUAGCAAGUACGAAGAUAUUCCCGUGGAAGCGACGGGCACAAAUGUCCCGGCACACAUCAAUAGCUUCGAGGAUGUCAAGCUGACAGAAAUUAUCCGCAACAACAUAAACUUGGCACGCUAUGACAAACCGACGCCCGUACAAAAGUACGCGAUACCGAUUAUCAUCAAUGGUCGCGAUUUGAUGGCAUGCGCCCAGACUGGAUCUGGCAAGACGGCGGCGUUUCUCGUGCCGAUUCUCAAUCAGAUGUACGAGCGCGGUGUGCAGAGCAAUCCACCGAACGAUCGUCCCUACAAUCGUCGCAAGCAAUAUCCGCUUGGGCUUGUGUUGGCGCCGACGCGCGAACUUGCCACACAAAUUUUCGAAGAAGCAAAGAAAUUCUCGUAUCGCUCUCGAAUGCGCCCUGCUGUCUUGUACGGCGGCAACAACACUACCGAACAAAUGCGCGAACUCGAUCGCGGAUGUCACUUGAUCGUCGCUACGCCAGGACGUCUCGAGGAUAUGAUCACUCGGGGCAAAGUUGGCUUGGAUAACAUUCAGUUUUUGGUGUUGGAUGAGGCAGAUCGUAUGUUGGAUAUGGGUUUCGAGCCGCAAAUUCGUCGCAUUGUCGAAGCAAAUAACAUGCCGCCGACCGGAGAACGUCAAACUCUCAUGUUCUCAGCUACUUUCCCGAAGGCAAUUCAAGAACUGGCGAGCGAUUUCUUGCAUAACUACAUUUUCUUGGCAGUAGGACGUGUCGGAUCCACAUCGGAGAACAUCACGCAGACCGUUUUGUGGGUAAAUGAGCACGAAAAACGCUCCUACUUGUUGGAUUUGUUGAGUCCCUUCAAGGAUGGCGGGCAGGAAUAUGGCGCCGACAGUCUCACACUCAUUUUCGUCGAAACCAAGAAAGGCGCUGACGCUCUCGAGGAAUAUUUGUACCAAUACAAGCAUCCCGUAACAAGUAUCCAUGGCGAUCGUACGCAAAAGGAACGCGAAGAAGCUCUGAAAUGCUUCCGUUCCGGCGUGUGUCCCAUUUUGGUAGCUACUGCUGUUGCUGCUCGUGGUUUAGACAUUCCGCACGUGAAGAAUGUUAUCAACUUUGAUCUGCCAUCGGACAUUGAGGAAUAUGUGCAUCGUAUCGGGCGUACAGGACGCAUGGGAAAUUUGGGCGUUGCCACGAGUUUCUUCAACGAGAAGAAUCGCAACAUUUGCGCCGACUUGGUUGAAUUGUUGGUCGAGACGAAGCAAGAACUCCCGUCGUUCUUGGAAGAAAUGCAUUCGCAGGAACGUUCGCAUGGCGGCGGAAGACGCCCAGGCGGGCAACGUCGUUACGGAGGCAACUCUUUCAACUCACGCGAUUACCGUACUCAAAAUCAACGCGGAGGCAACAGCGAUAACCGCAAUUCGUCACGCAAUGGCAGAAAUAUGGGAUCCAAUUAUGGCGGCGGAAGCAACGACUACUAUUCAUAUAGUAAUCGCAAUGGAAAUUCUGGCGGCAACUAUGGCGGAAAUUACUCCUCUACAAACAAUUCCAGCGGAGGCCCAGACUGGUGGGGCGAUAAUUAAGCAAAUUAUUCAUCAUCGGCUUGUCGUUCGUCAUCAUCUUUCAAAAAAUUCGUUCAAAUUUCAAACAAUACGAUUUUUCAUUAUCACAUUUCAUUUAACAUAAUAUUAUUACUACAUUAUAUACUACAAACAAAUUCAAAAAACCAGCAAAAAAAUAAAAAUAGCGACAAAGAUCUUGUUCAAACAAAAAAAAUUAAAUACUUAGAAUACACACUCACACUAAACAAAACAAAAAACUGAUAAACUUUUGCACAUUGGAUUUAUUUUUGAGAAAAAUACGAGAAUAAAAUUACCAUCAUCAUCAAAAAAAUAUUAAAUGAAUUAAAAAUCGAUCCAAUAUGUUGCACCUGCAGAUUAAAAAUAAAAGAAAAAUUCUUCAAAAAAAAAAAAAAAAACUUCUGCUGUCCUUAAAAAUUAUUAUAAUUAUAAUUAUUAUUAUUAUUUAUAUGAAAAAAUGAAUCGACAGCAGUCGAAUUAUCAAUCGCGACAAGAGAAAAGAAAAGAUUGUGUAAAAGUUGACAAAAAAAAUUAUAUAUUAAAACAAACAUAUGCUUAUCUUUUUGUCUUCGAAUCAAUUGAAUAAACAAAAAAAAAUGAAUAAUUAUUAUUGAAUAAUAAUUUAAAAAUGAAAAAUAAUAAAAA